UUCUUUCUGUUGUAGGAAUACACAUUAAUAUGAAUGCAGUUAAAUAUUUAGAAUGUAUUGGUAAGCCUUCGUUGGCUUAUGUAAAUCUAAAAGGCAAUAAAAAACCUGGAGUUUUGUAUUUAUCUGGAUUGAUGUCCAGUAUGAACAGCCCUAAAGCUUUGGCAAUGGAGCAACUAUGCAGAGAUUCUAGCCAACCAUUCCUCAGGUUUGAUUACAGUGGGACAUAUGCAUCAAGUUCCGCAAACUAUGUGGGCAAUAUAAAAGACUGGGUUGAAGAUGGAAUAGAAAUGUUCACCAAGUUAACCUCUGGCCCACAGGUUAUAGUUGGAUCCAGCAUGGGUGCUUUCAUAAUGCUACACAUUGCCAAAAGAUUUCCUGAAAAAGUGGUCGGUAUGAUAGGAGUGUCCGGUGCUUUUCAUUUCAUACGCACUGCUCGAAUGUGGCGUCAUAUAUUUAAUGAUGACAGCCCUGNAAUCUAAAGCAAGAGUGGCCCUGCUUUCUAAACCUUUGCAAACACUUGCUGGCACAUAUGCUUUAUAUGAAGGAAUGGACAAAUAUGACCUUUUUCCGGAAAAAUCAGCAAAAUUAGACCUUCCUUGUGACUUACAUAUUAUACAAGGUAUAAAAGACAUGAAUGUACCUUGGAAACUAACUUUAGAAUUCUUUGAAAACAAUGUUUCUGAUGUCACAAUGGUGGACAUGACAAUGCGGAAAUGUGGAGACCAUGGAAUGACAAGAAAACAAGAUAUUGCUCUCUUGCUUAAUGCAGUAGAGAGAAUGUGCAAGCAUA